AUGGAGAGCGGCGAGAAGUCUGAGAUCUCUGACAGGCUACAGCCAGCGGCUCCAGCGGAGCCGCCGCCCAAUAACAGGCGGCCUGCACCUCAUGUUAGACCACCUCAGGAUCAGGAGACGAGUCCACCGCCUCAUGUCGCUGGGACUGGUGCAGCUGCAGCACAAAGCUUGACCCAGAGAAAUCAGGACCCUGAAAGCGAGCCUGCAAAAGAUGACCUGCGGUGCCAGGUGGAGGCGGUUUUCGCAUCCAAGCUAAGAGGUGCAGACGUGCUGCAACGAGAGAGCUACAUCGAAUUGCUGCAGUCCAUUGGGUCCACCUUGCGAGAGGCCAACGUCUUUUUGAAGGGAUCGUCAACUCUGGAGGGCAGCAUACUGAGCGAUAUGCGGUUAAAAUUGCACGCGUGA